CGCCCCGCCCCGCCGCGCUCCGCCCGGCCCGGCGGCGCCGCAGCCGGCAGCAUCGCGGCGGGACUGCCCGGGGAUGCAGCCGCGCUAAGAACAAAAGCCCUCAGCGCGCUCACGCUCCGGGGCUUUGAAGCGGCGCGGCCGAACUUGGAUCUCUGCCCCCCCCUCGGCCGAGCCGCGGCGGCGUCCGAGGGCUGAACUCGCCGGCUCUUUCUCCGCACGCCGCGGGCAGCCGGGGCUCGCCCGCCCGCCGCCCGCGCCCGCCCGUCCCGCCGGGGCUGCCCGCGGAGGGGCCGCACCCCGCGCCCCCCGGCCGCCCCCGCGCCGCGGGACCUUGGCUUUGCCCUUCGCACGGCAGGUGGCGGGGCCAGCGGAGAAGGAUGCGUGUCUUCCCGUGGGGAUUUUGGCUGCUGUGUGUCGCCUCCGCCCCGGCUCGCGGUGACAGCGGCAGCAAGGCGAGGAGCUGCGCCGAGGUCCGGCAGCUGUAUGGAGCCAAGGGCUUCAGCCUCAGCGGCGUGCCCCAGGCCGAGAUCUCCGGGGAGCACCUGCGAAUCUGCCCACAAGGUUACACCUGCUGCACCAGCGAGAUGGAGGAGAACUUUGCAAACAAAAGCCGAAGUGAAUUUGAAGCCAUGGUGAAAGAGGCUGGCCGCUCUGUGCAGGCCACCCUAACAGCACAGCACAGAAGCUUUGACAGUUAUUUCCAGGAUUUGUUGAACAAGUCAGAAAAAGCCCUUUAUGAUGCCUUUCCAAGCAUGUAUGGAGACUUGUACACUCAAAACGUGAAGGUGUUCAAGGACUUGUACAGCGAGCUGCGCCGCUACUACCGCAGCUCCAACAUCAACCUGGAGGAGGCCCUCAACGAGUUCUGGACACGGCUGCUGGAGAGGCUCUUCAAGCUGCUGAACCCGCAGUACCACAUCACGGACGAGUACCUGGACUGCAUGGUCAAACACGCCGAGCAGCACCGGCCCUUCGGGGAGGUGCCCAGGGACCUCAAGGUGAAGGCCACGCGAGCCUUCAUCGCGGCGCGCUCCUACGCACAGGGCUUCCUGGUGGGCAGCGACGUGGUCAGAAAGGUGUCUCAGGUGUCCCUCAGCCACGAGUGCACCCGUGCCAUCAUGAAGCUGAUGUACUGCCCGCACUGCCGGGGCAUGUCCAGCGUGAAGCCCUGCAACAACUACUGCCUGAACGUGGUCAAGGGCUGCCUGGCCAACCAGGCAGACCUCAGCACCGAGUGGAAGUACCUGAUGGAUUCCCUGAUGGGGGUGGCCGAUCGCAUGGACGGACCCUACAACGUGGACACCGUGAUCGGCACCAUCCACGUGAGGAUCGCUGAGGCCAUCUCCAACCUGCAGGAGAACAGAGACUCCAUCACCAGCAAGGUAUUCCAAGGGUGUGGAAAUCCCAAAAUCAGCACGAAAGGCUCCAGUAGUGAGGACAAGAAGAGACGGGGGAAGGUGACGUUGGAAGCCAAAUCCUCUGCACAAGCCCUGGAGAUGCUGGUUUUGGAUGCCAAAGGGAAUCUGACAGCUCUCAAGACUUACUGGAUCACCCUGCCCAGCAGCCUGUGCAGCAAAAAAGUGAUGGCCAGCUCAGCGUCGGAUGACAAAUGUUGGAACGGGAUGACCAAGGGCAGUUACCUGCCCGAAGUGAUGGGGGAUGGUUUGGCCAACCAGAUUAACAACCCCGAGGUGGAGGUGGACAUCACCAAGCCAGACAUGACCAUUCGCCAGCAGAUCAUGCAGCUGAAGAUCAUGACCAACCGCCUGGGCAACGCCAACAUCGGCAACGAUGUGGACUUCCAGGACACGAGUGACGACAUGAGCGGCUCCGGGAGCGGGGACAGCUGUCCUGAUGACGUCUGUGGCAAAAGACUUUCUAAGAGCCCCAGCACCAGGCAGCCAGAAACACACGCCAUUCCUAAGCAGUCUGGACACGGCGUCAAUGGGGCCAGCAGCAGAUCUUUGCCUUCGGCCUCCCUCCUCCUCCUCCUCUCGGUGGCUGUCAUCGCCGCGCAGCACUCGUGGCGGUAACUCGCUGGCACAGCCAGGAAACAGACUGCGGCUGAGGGCUUCACUUUGCCAAAACCAACCAACCAACCAACCAAAGGACAUAUUUAAUUCACCUUGGCAAAAAAAAAAAAAAAAAGGAAAAAAAAACCCAAACAAAAAAAGGAGGAGAAAAAGGUUUUCAGAAGGUUUCAGUUGUUUGCUAUUUCUGGCAGUGCUCGAGCUGUUUUCUUCUUUCUUGGUCUUUCCCCAGUGCUGGGCCCUUCUUUCCAUACCUCAUUGUUUUACUCUUGUUAUUGCCACAGACUGGCUCUCGGGGCUGAAGCAAGCCCUUGCAGAGGGCUCCGUGGGCGGCCGCGCUGCUGCCUGCAGUGGAAUAUGCAAUUGCCCUGCCCCGCUCCCCACAGCGCCGGUUCCGCGGCGAGACCGGGACCCCGCACGGCUCCCGCUGCGUUCAGGGGCUCUCGGGCUCUCCUCUGUGCUUCCUCGCCGGGCAGACACGGCCCUUCACUUCCAGUGGUGUCCGUAGGAGCGUGAGCAGCUUUGGUGGGUUGAACUGAAAGAGUUUGGCAGGGGCUGUUGGACCCAAAAAUGCAGAACUCCCUUUUUCUUUGGAAAGGUCACAAGUGGGUUUCUUGACUAGAGCUUGUAGCUGACGACAAUUUGAAAUGUAGGUUUCCUACAUCUAAGUGACUGGGAAUGAGUGUUAGGGGUUGGGGUUUGGGGUACUUUUUCUUUGCAUGCUAGUUGGAAAGCCAUUUUUUACCCAAGUAACAAAGGUCCAAUUUCUACCUGCAGUGCAGUACCAUUGUAGGUAACAGAGAGAUGCAAAUAUGCACACUGGGAUUCUCUGUGUGACAGACAGUUGUGCUGCCUCCUCCUUCUCUGGCCCCAGCCAUAGACAGGAAUUCGGGGGGUUUUUUCUUGGUAAUAAGAGAGACCAGGGACGUUUUACUGACUGGAGCUUUGGGACUGGUUGUGCCUCUUAGGGCAGAGAGGGGCUGGUGGGGGUCUCCAUGGGCACCGGGUCCCUACCCAGAGCACUGGCUCAAGGCAGCACCCACCAGGGGAAUGUGAGGACGGGACACAUUUUGUUUGGGAUUUCUUUUUACCUUUGGUGUUUGCUCCAGUGGCAUUGUAGGUUUUUAACGGAUUCCCACUUUCCCUGUUCCUUCCCCAUCAUCCAGUACACCUUCCCUAACCCCUAACAGGUUGAGCCAGCGGGUACCAGUCACUGCUGGCAGCUCUGUGGGGAGGGUCAGGCUCACCCUUUGCUGCCCCCUCCCACCACUCACCAGCUGCCCUAACCCCCAAUUGCUGGGUGGGGUGGGCUCUGUGCCAGGUUGUGAGGCUGGGGGUGGUGAGAGAAGUUCUAAAUGUCCUCACGUAGCUGCAGGAGUGUUUGUGCCUGUUAGGGCUGUGUGUCUGGGGCUUCCACUGCUUCUGUGCCUGAUGAGCAGCGAGCGUGGGCUGGAGCUGUAGGUGUGGCAGGGCUGGAUACAGCACAGUCUGUGACUGCUGGGGCCAGGGGCACACACAGGCUGGGUCUGAGCUGCAGACAGGUUUGUAUUGAGUGACAGGGAGGGCAGAGCUGGGCCUGUCUCUUGCUUUUGCAUUUGAGCAUUUCUUCUCUGCCUUGCCAGAGGAGAUGUGCCUUUGAGCUGAGCAAACAUUGUGGGGUUGGGGUUUGGCUGUUUUUUAAGAAAGGGAAAAAAAACCCCAUUUUUAACAUUAGCAGUUUUUAAAGUGUGCAAUUUAAGGAAAGAUGAGGACAUAAGCAAGGUAAUGCUGCGAGCCAGUUCAGCUCCUGCCCUCCUGGGGCCUAGAGGUGGCACUGAGGGUGCCUCAAACCAGGCAGGAUUUUAGGCCAGCUUUGACCACUCCAAGUCAGUGAUUAAUGGAUUAAUGCCACUGGCUGUGCACUCUUUCUUCCUUUGUAAGGCAGAAUCAUACCUGAUCUGGUUGGGUGUCAGAAAUGAACACUGGGGUGCUGGACAAUGGCUGAGGGACAGAUAGUGCCACUACACCCAUCAGAACCCUGGAGAGGAUAAAUGUAAGUUGUGGUUUUGUCUAGGUUUAGUUACUCCUAGACAUAUAGCAAAUUCACAUGAUUUUUACUGCUCUAAAGAGUUCCUCUCUUUUUAAUUUUUUUAAUCAGAAUUGCAAAUACAAAUUUAACCUUCUGCGACAACAAUCCCCACAACCAAUCCUGCGGAAGCUUUACAUCCAAAGCAAAAAAACAAAGUGUGGGGGGGAAGAAAGAGUUAAAACAUUGUACCCUCUUCAAAACACAGGUGGGUUGGGGUAUUAACACAUGGAUGCUGAGGUCAAUGUUUUGCUUUGCAGAACGGGGGCUUGAAAGCCGCUUCCAUUUCUGGGCAAUUAGUUUUUGCUGUCUGCCUGUUAUCCUCUAAAGCUUCUUAUGGGCCCCUUCACAUCUUAAAUGAGAAGCCAGGAAUUUACUGAUUAUGCAGUUAAUAUUUUAACACAGGGGAACUCCUUCCUGAUGCCUUCACCUCUGGGCUGGGUUGAGCUCCCACUUCCACAUCCCUCCUGACCUGAGGGUGGCAGCUUCCACCUUCCAGAAGCCCCGGCAGGGUGGGAGCAGGGCAGCAGCCCGAGGUGAGGGCAGUGCCGGGGGCUCAGCCCCUCUGUGCUCCAUGGUGGUGGUGCCGCCUCCUCCUUGGCCCUGUGCGCUCUGGGGUUGGUUUUGAUAUCUGUCCAUGGUCAGCCUUCACUGCUGCUUUCUGUUGGUCCCUGGUUACUCGGUUUUUCUGUUCUCUCUUGCCCUGAAGCUGUUUCCCCAGCUGCUGCCAUUACAUGGCCUGGGGUUGUGUUUGGCCGUGCCACUUCCCCAGGAGCUGAAAUGGCCGAGAGCCCCCGGGGUAUCAACUCUGAGCUAAAGCAAACUGAAAUUACUGCAGACUGAAGCACCACUGGUGUGGCUGAACAAGCUGAAACCAACCCAGGUCCAGACAAGUCCCUGGUUGGGCUGGUGCAGGACCUGGGGCCUUUCAGUGCUUAUGACUGACAUUUCCUGGGCUGCUGCCUGCUGGAAACACUGUGACACACCUGCCUGUGGCUGGUGGCUGCUCUGGGCUGGCUGCACGAGGGCAUCUCUGAGGAACGGGGCUGACUGGGAAGAAACAUCUGAUCAAUGUUAUCAAGGUGAUGAUCCAUCAUGUUCUGGUGUGAAAAGGCCUCAUACUUGACAGGGGUGUGGAGGGGAUGGUGGUGUAGGGAAAAAUAAUUCCCAAAGGCCCCGUCCCUGGGAAGGGGAGAACCAUAAAUGGUGGAUUUCCAAGUGUCUCUGUCUUUCAGCCUGCUCUUUGUGCCAUAUCAUGUUUUAAACAAUGGUGAGGGUCUCAAAAGGCUUUGAGAGCACAGCUACUUCUCAUUUACAAAUGACAAGCUGCCUGUUGUUUUCUGGUGGGCUUGGUAGGGGCUGAGGUAUAGCAGAAUAUCUACAGUCCACCUUUGCUUUAAACAGAUGCAUUUCUAUCUGCAGGAGUAAGAAUUAUUUCACUUAUCAGCAUAGCUGGACAGUUAUCUAUUUCUUUCUGUUACCAAGGUACUUGUAACUCUCUUGCACUGUUUAUCUAAAGUUGAAAUAUGUUCUUUGAAUCCUUGUAUAAAUAAAAAGGCUGGAGACAAAUCUGUA